AGGAUUUUUAAUGCGAUGGAUUCCCCUUGCCUUCAGCAUCCUAUGUCGCUGACCCAUCCGGGUUCAUCCGCCUUUAGGGGUGAUUUCUCAUCCCAAGGGCAUGAGGGUGCCCUGAACCUCCACCCUCCGAAGAGGCUGUUGGCACUUGGUAGAGGGGGGACCACUUAUACCGGUGGUCACUCGGUCUGUGGACGCAGUUUAACGUCAUGCCCGGGACAGAGCAAGCCACUGAGUUUAUCAAUUAGAGAGUCAGAUGAUCUGAAAGCCAGGCACUUAACAGACCAUCCUGUCUUAAAUGCCGAGAACAAAAUGGAGCGAUGGUCAGGUCGUGUUGCCCUGGUAACAGGAGCCAGUGCUGGUAUAGGAGCUGCUACUGCUGAAGAACUCGUCAAGAAAGGUCUGAAAGUGGUCGGACUGGCGCGCAGAGUGGAAAAAAUCGAGGAGCUAGCCGAGUCCCUGAAAUCCGCGCCUGGCAAACUGUAUGCUCUCAAAUGCGAUGUUACGAAAGAGUCUGAAGUGCAGGCGGCCUUCGAGUGGAUCAAGACGAAACUUGGCGGAGUCGAUAUUCUCAUCAACAACGCCGGAACCGCUAGCAACAGCAAACUCAUAAGCGGUCCAGUGGAGAAAUGGAGAAAAAUCUUUGAUCUCAACGUCCUGGGUCUCAGUUUGUGCACCAAGGAAGCGCUCAAGUCCAUGAAGGAGCGGGGAGUGGACGACGGACACAUCGUCCACAUCAACAGCAUCGUAGGUCACACGAUCCCACAUUCUGAUCUUGUCGACCACAUGUACUGUGCGUCAAAGCACGCCGUCACGGCGCUGACUGAGGGACUUCGUCGAGAACUGGUUAAGCAGAACUCAAAGAUAAGGGUCACUAGCGUGAGCCCUGGGAUGGUAGCAACAGAAUUCAUGGCCGCGUCUGGAAGACCUGUCGACCCCGAACAAGUUUACGGUAGCCAUCCUCACUUGGUGGCAAAGGACGUAGCAGACGCCAUUUUGUACUCGCUCGGAGUGCCUCAACAUGUACAGAUUCAUGAACUCACCAUUAAACCUGUUGGGGAGACUUUCUAGCAACUCCAGAAUCAGUCUCUGGAAGGUAAACAUGAUGAAAAACGAGAAUUGUAUAAAUCGAGAACACGUGUCUAAAUAAAGGCGGCAUGCAGUUCCAUGUA